AUAUUUUUCUUAAAAAAAUAUCAAACGAAUUUUCUGAUGUUGAUACUAGCGAAGAAUAUAUUGAUGCAAAUCAAGAUAAUAUCCAGUCAACUAAAAAACCUUCUGGAAGACCAUAUGGAGCAAUAUGGAAUUUUUUUACAGAAGUCGAUUGUAAAAAAGCCAAACCAGAGGCAAAAGCAGCUAUACGAUAUAUGAUAGAGUCACGAAAUCAAAAAACAUUAACAAAUAUUGCUGGACAAAAGCGAAAAAUUAGUGAAGAUCAAAGAAGCUUAAUGGACUAUUUUGAAAGUCAACAAUUAUCUCAAGAAAAAAAGGAAUUCAUUGAAAAUGCACUUAUCAAAUUUUUUGCUUGUUGCGGAAUUCCAUGGCAUCUGGUUGAAUAUCCAUUUUUUAUUGAGCUUAUACAACAAUUACGACCUUCUUAUUGUCCGCCAAAUCGAUAUACACUUUCAAAUACAUUGUUAGAUAAUGAAAUAUUAUGUGUUAUUAAUGAAAAUUUUGAAAUUAUUACAAAUGAAGCUGUCAAAACUAUACCAGUAUGCAAGUCUUGCAGAUUGUUUUUUGGACUCGCACAACUUGAUGCAGCUAUAAAAAAUAUAUCUGACUCUGAUCAUCAAAUAUUUUAUCGUUAUUGUAUACAAAAGUUUAAUACACGAUUCCAGGAAUUUGAUUUUGAUGAACAUUUACUUGCCUAUUAUUUGCAUCCAGGAUAUCGUGGUGUUGGUAUUGUACAAGAGAUUUUGAUAGCUCAAUUACGUGAUUAUCAUAUUAAAAACCCUCCUUAUAAUAUAUCAUAUACAAUGAAUUAUGAUACACCUUGUACUUGGCUGCUAGUUGUGAACGAAUCUGGUCAAUAUGUGGAUGAAUUUAUGGAAAGCAUUGUACAAGAUUUUGAAGAUAUUCGACAAAUUUUAACUGAAGCAGAUCUUUAUGAAGAUAUUGAAGAAAUAACUUUUGAACAAGUUAUAGCAAAUGUAGAUUUAGAUAUGAUCGAUAAUGAUGAUAAUAGUAUUGCAUUUGAGGAAGAUAUUAUAUUAGAGGAAACAUUGAAUUUAUCAGAAUUACAAUUUUUACCAAAAGAGUCUAAGCAAAAUGAAAUAGAAUCUAAUAAUGAUAUGUCGCAAGACUUGGAUGAUAAUUGGCUAAUAGAUUUUGAAAAGGAGGAUGAUUAUGAUCCAGUUGAAUUAGCUACAAAAUUUUUCUAA